GAGGCAGCGAGGGCUCGGCAGGUCCCUGUCCCCAGCCCCGCCAUGGCCGCACGGACCGUCCCCCACGCCCACCCCAUGAGCUCCGAGUACGAGUUUGCCAACCCCAGCAAGAUCUACGACCAGAACUUUGGAGAAGGUGUGUCCCCGUCUGAGAUUUUAGCCCCUGCCCUGUACCACGGCUACUACAUCAGGCCUCGGAUCAACAAGCAGCUGGACCGGGGCACCUCCGAGAUCUGCCUGAACGAGCACAAAUUCCAGGUGUUCCUGGACGUCUGCCAGUUCCUGCCCGACGAGCUCAGCGUCCGCACCGUGGACAACCUGCUGGAGGUGGUGGGCCAGCACCCCCAGAAGGCUGAUCGCCACGGCUUCAUCGCCAGGGAGUUCACCAGGACCUACAUCCUCCCUCUGGACGUCGACCCCUUGCUGGUGAGGGCCACCCUGUCCCACGAUGGCAUCCUGAGCAUCGUGGCUCCCCGCACCGGCAGGGAGCUGAAGGCCAAAGUCAACGAGGUGAAGAUAACGCAGGAGGAGCAGCCAGUGGGGAAAGAAGAGCAGCCCGAGGAAGGAAAAGAGAAGGAGAAGUCCUAAAGGCCCCAGGUGUGGGCUUGCACUGGGAAGGUGGGGGGGACAGGGAUGGGGAAUCCACGGUGACAGACUCGUGUUUCUCACCAUCGGUGUUUAGCAGGGCUCUGAGGCAGCCAGACUGCUGCUUCCCAAGGCUGAUGGCUGGAAAAAAGGGACUUGGAGCUGAAAACAGAGGGGGACUGAAGUGCUAGUGUGAGGGAGUGGGUGUAAUGCGAGUUUUCUCCUAGCUCAAGUGCUCAUGGAGCACCAGGCAGGGUGCUCUUCUCUCAGCCCAAAAGACCAGGGCCACUCUUACCCCAAACUGUGAGGCUGUGCCACAGGGGACUGUGAAACAGCUGCUGUGCUCUAGCCCAGGAGGGAAGAGGGAAGAGAUGAUCCCAGUGCCUUGCCUGUGAGCUGGUGGCUGAGCUUUGUGGACAUGGGAGGUGCUUGUUGGUCUGUAAAAGUGCCUGCAGUUCUCAGGAGGGAGGAGGAAUAAACCUGCCUCUGGUCUUCUCUU